GAAGGAAUGGUAGCCAGCUCAACGGAAGAUUUCAUACGUCUUGUGGCAGAAAUAGGCCCAAAAAAUUCUACUGAAUUUUGCAUCAAUUAUUUGAAUAAUUCACUGAAUGCGGAGGAAUCGGUUAUUCGAAAUCCACCGCCUCAGUGGCAAGUCUGGACUCUUGGACUUUUGAUGGUAUCAAUUAUAAGUUUCUCAGCAGCUUUGGGAAUUUUAUUGAUGCCAUUCUUAAAACCAUCAGUAUACGAUCGUGUCUUAACGUAUUUUGUGGGCUUGGGUAUUGGAACGCUUUCUGCCAGUGCAAUAUUCGGUCUUAUUCCAGAGGCCUACGACCUUCAUUUAUAUAUACCAAGCUACCUGGAUAAAGCAGUUGUUGUUAUUGGAGGGAUUUAUUUAUUCUAUGUGGUUGAUAAAAUUAUAAACAUCAGCGUUCGUUGGAAAGAGGCAAGAUAUCAUGCUGAAGGGUCGGCGGUAUCACCCGAUUUAGCAAAGGACGAGAAAACGAAUGCAACGGCCGUUACUGAACCGUCACCAGAAAAUGAAAGAAUUCGACGAAAUUCGAUUGUAUCGUGCAAAGCGGUUCGCCAUGUUGCAUCUGUGGCUUGGCUCGUAAUAUUCGGUGACGGUUUACACAAUUUCAUUGAUGGUCUUUCAAUUGGUGCUGCAUUCAAUGAAAACAUCCUAAGUGGCCUGAGUGUUUCAAUUGCUAUAUUAUGCGAAGAACUACCUCAUGAACUUGGAGAUUGCGCUAUUCUCGUCAGUUCUGGCUUAUCGCUUAGAGAAGCUCUCAUAUAUAAUUUGCUCUCAGCGAGUACUUGUUACUUGGGAUUUUUUAUCGGGGUUGUCGUUGGGCAGAUAAGUCAUUUGUUUGGGCAAAUGAUUUUUGCUUUGGCUGGAGGAAUGUUUUUAUACAUAUCGCUUUGUGGAAUGCUAUCAAAAAUCAAUCAAGAAAUUGAGGAUCUGCUUAAAAUUGACAUCAAAAAAACUAUGAGCACAAUGCUUCUGCAGUCUGCUGGUAUUGCAAGUGGCUUGCUGAUUAUAUUCCUAUUUUCGAAAUACGGGUCGCUCAUUGAAAUAGCUUAA